CAUCCCGACCCACUAUUGCGUUACCGACAAGCUUCUGCAAACCAUUCUAAAUAACAGCCAGCAGCUAAAUGGUACCCUCCAUCUCCCAUUCAUGGUACUGCUGCUUCCAUCUCCAUUUCUUCCUUCCUCCCAGGCCAGCUUUGCCAUCAGUAGGAAGGGAUAUUCUCCAACCUCCAAACGCCCCACGAGCUUCCUGAACGCCUCAAGAUCCACCUUUUCGCAGACGAACACGAUCCGGAGAGUGAUGAAGAUGACGACAUCUGAUUUCAUCGUAGCUGCCGACUGCCAUCCACCGUUUGUAAGGUCGACCUGCAUUUCAGCAUCGAGUCCCGUGUCAAUGAUCCUCGACUACUUCCCCCACAACCAAGCGCCGCCCAGCUCUUCUUCUCCUUGCCUACCUCUCACUUCCGACACUUCGAGGCUCAGGCUUUUUUAUAUUGGGGGCACGCUAUCCUCGAUGGUCGCUCAAACCUCAAACCGGAGGGAUAGAGCUAUUAAGGAUAGGGAGCGUGGAAUUUACAUCCAUUACCACCCAAGCCUGACAGUGCCAAACGGGCUACUAAGUAGUGUCGAAUUCGACAAUCCUAGUGUCCGAACAGAGAUAGAUUUUUAAUAGACGUGGAGCAGGAAUAAGAAUCGGAGAAAACGCCUGUCCGAGUAUAGACCCGGCCCCUACUGUUUCAACGCGCGCCUCCAAUGUUCAUCUUCAUCCAGAAGCUCAACUCGUUGUACAUGAAAUCUCCUUUAAGUGAAGGACAUUUUGGUGAGCUCCGGUUAUCUGGAUUUUUCAUCUAUACUAAUCAAUUUUUUAUCCGAUUCGCGGGGCAAUGGAUGAAGUUCGAUCUUUUUAAUUAUCACACCUUGCUGCUUCGUCCCAGAUUCUCGGUAGUUUUUGGGUUGGCUGUGGGAAUACAGCUGUUAGCUGUAGUAGCCAGCGCUAAUAGAUGCAGUGCACCACGCAUGCCCCUCUCCUUCUCCCUCUUUCUGCUACGUUCAAGC